AUGGCAUCCGGAUCCACCACUAUGUCUCGAGCUCGCCUUUAUUUGACAGAUCCAGGCGGGCCUGAAGGCAGCGAUGUAGAAACUUCCGUGGAGGCUCCAUGCCAACUUUCCAUCGAACGACUAUUCGAGAAUUUGCCAAAUCCGACAUCCAACGAUAGAUACGGCGAUCGGGAACAAGAUCGCCAGUACAAGAGAGCUCUCAGGCUUUUCUUGGAAGAAGAGACUGGCCCGGCUGAGCAUGACAACGAGUGCCAACAACUCAAGUCCGUUGCUAGUAAGGUAUUGAGAAGCCAGAACCCCCACGGUGUUCGUGUCGCAUUCAUCGACGGUAUUGCACCUAUGAUUAUAGACAUGUCAAAAUACGAUGCCGAAUCAGCUAAGUCGCGAUAUCUUGCACAUUGCAAGUGGAUAUUGCAGGGAAGGAAAGAUCAUGAUGCCUACGACGGGGAUUUAUCAGAUCCAGAUCCAGAUGAAGACAGUGACGUUGAAUACAGCCAACUCCCUAAGAAGCUCACCACCCAGACAAGAUGUGCCUAUUGCAACAGCGAAGGACGCCAAUUCUGUUGCAGAGACUGCGUAGUGAUAACCGGUUCUCGUGAGACCAUCGGAACUGGCUACUGUCGUAGGCGAUGCGAAGUGCUCGACAAGGACGACCACAAGCCUGUCUGUUUCUGGCGCCAGCGUUUUGCGCGAAGUGCGCGCCUUAUGCAAACUAUUCUCAUGAUUAUGGAGGAUCGUCAGACUACCCUCUCCCUAGAGGGCUCUUACGAACGCGACGGCAUGAUAUUCUUGAAAGAGAAGUCUCGCCACUUCAUGGCCAUGUUAGGAGAUAAGUUCCUCGGGAGAUUCAACGACGAGGUCGUAGAAGAGAAACACAAAAAGGCAGCCCUACAAGAUCAAUAUCUUCCGGACUUGCCCUUCAUGAUGUUGAGUUCAACUCAGGAAUGGCUUUGGAAAGGUCUCUUCGAGAACAUUGAGCAAUACACCAUCUUGGUCAAGAAUGCCCAUCGUCCUGUUGUCCGUCAUACCAUACACAAUACUAUCGAGUCCAGCAUGUUGCGACCUCAUACCGUCUUUUGCGUCACUCUGCGUACUGGAGAGAAGUUUGCGGUCGAUUACGCGGGAGCCCGAUUCGGCUGGGCUGAAACGAUCACACAUUGGGAGCACUUUGCAGCGCAUCGACUGAAACGAGUUAUUAGGAGAAGCUUCCCGGGAGCUUGGGAGCGGGAUCCCGCAACGAUGGUACCAGCUUACCUCCCCGAGAAGAAGAAGGCUUACCUGCAUACUAUAUUCCUACGUAUGGUCCAGUCCGAAGUGAGCCAGUCCCUACAGUUAGGAUAUCCAGAUGUAUCUUUCGACACUGCCCUCAGCGCAUCGAUUACCGAUUCAGUCUGGAAAGUGAUCGUAGUGAGUUUCGUAGAAAUCACCGGAUGUUUUUUUGAAGAAGGAAACACGACGAGGUUCAUCUCCGAGUUAGGUAUCAAAGCUAGGAUGUACCUGAAUGACAACUUCGAGGUGUGGGUCGAACAGCAUGAUAGAGAUCACGAACGCCUGGAGAAUGUCUGGUUUAACGAGAACCAGCUCGUGUGGAUUAAGACUCAUGUCCCAGAUGACAUGGAAGUCUUGAAGAAGAUAUGGAACGAUUGGAUUUCUAGCCGCGGUAUUCGUUUCAAGGAUCCCUUGCCUUCUCCUAUCGAGAUUGAGAACGGUGCUACAGUUUUUGAAGGAUAA